AUGCAGAGCUUCCUGAUGCUGUUGAGGGAGCAUGGGGGCUCCUGCUCACCUCCAGCAGAGUUGGUGACUCUCGCAGGCAGGCUGUGCCGGGACCUCCAGGAUGAUCUCACCCAGGUGCAACCUUUGGUGGCAGCUGUUCUGGCCAGCCAACUCCGUCUGCACCUGCUGGACAAUGAACAUGUGGCCCUGGUGUGUGCCCGUGUCUUGGUUCAGCAGGAGCAGCAGCAGGCGGCCUGCCGGCUUCUGGAGGGUUGCCGGGUACCUGGAGGCAGCAAGGAGUUGGUGCACCUUUGGAAUGAUAUCCACUACUGCCUGGCCAUGAGGAGACUGGGUGUGGUCACACUGAGCCCGGUGCAGAAGUUCCGAUGCAGGAGGAGGAACCCACCACCCCCUUCCAUCUGUCCCGAGGGCCCUAAAAGCCGGAACUUCCCCCGAGAGGUUCGCCAGACUCUGAAGGACUUUGCCUCAGGUGUGAGCACCAACCCCAGUAAGGCAGAGAGGGAGAAUCUGGCUUUGGAGACAGGCUUGACUGCUGAGCAGGUGUACAACUGGUUUGCCAAUUACCGGCGGCGCCAAAGGUCCCUUCUCCAGCAUAUGGAGCCAACCCAGAAGGUUGUGUCAGAAGAAGUCCACAGUGCAAAGGAGAGGGAGCUCAACCCCCUCCAUCCCUCAAGCAGUCCCCAUGGUGACUCUGCCUUUGUAGGCAGGCCUCAGUGGUCAGCAGGACAUGAGGAAGGAGGACCUCCAGGGUCCUUAGAGAACACUCAAGCAUCAUGGGCACCACUGGCCCUGGCCCUGGGCUUUCCUGGAGUCAACACAGUCUCAAAGCCACUGUCUGCCAGGUCUCUGUCGGGAGACGAGAGGUACUUGGAGGGGUCGGGCCUCGAUUCUGCCACCCUCAGCCACAUCUGCCCUGGUCCUGGCCUCUGCCCUCUGGCUGCUGGCAGCGACAUACUUGAUCCCUCUCUGGCUGCACCUGAGUCAUGGCUGAUGUCCCUUGCACUGGCGUCAUCCAAGGAAGUUUGCUUCCAGAGUGGGCAGACAGCCCAUGGUCACAUAUUGGACUCCAGGAUACAUCCUUCAGACACUGCUGUGGCCAUGUCCAUUGCAAGCCUUGGUGAUCCCAGCCCUGCAGGACUUAGUGACCCUCACAAUGACAGUCCUCAAAGUGUGUGCACAGAGGAGGGUCCAGGCCCAAGUGGUGGACGGUCAGAAAUGAAUGGCUUCUUGGUGACACAGCCCCCACUACAGGCUUGUGAAUUCAUCCUUCCUCACAGCCUGCAAGACCUGGUGCCAGCCCCAUCUGCCUUCCCAAGUCCUGUGUCUGCCUCGGAGCUGAGCCAUCCCCUGACCUCCAGUCAGGUGCAGUGGCCUGAUGGCCAGGCCUCCUGUGAUGCCUUCUGGGGAGCCAGGAUGCUCCUUGAGUUUUCAGAGGGAAGCUGGGGCCGAACCAUCCCUGGGGAGCCAAGCCAACAGCAUGGAAGAAGCAGGGCCCUGCGGGUGCUCUGGAGGUCCACAGGGAAGACGCCGGACACCUGGAGGCCAGGAGAUGGUGAGUGUCCGGCUCGGCAUCCUGAGACUGGACCCGGCCAGGCGGUCGGCACCGGAGCCGGCAGUGUCCGGAGCAGCCGGGCCCUUCGUCCCCUCUGA